AGGAAGCAGACGGAGCUCUCUGCUCUCCUCCAGCCUCCCGCCCGUCUCCUCACAUCAGAACCAAACCAUCCCUGGAACGGGUCAAGCUCGCCUCCAUCCCCGUCCCGCAGCUUCUAAAGCCCCCCCGCUCGCCUUCAUUCUCCUGGUCUCGCCGUGCUUUUUACCGUGGAGCUACAUUUCCAAGGGCCCCCGCCACUCCCUCCGCCCCGCUGGAGACCCUGCAGAUGUCUGGAGCCCGGCGCUGAAGCGGGCGCCCGCCAGCAGCCCAGAUGCAUUUGCCACUCUUUGCUUUUGUGAUGUCCUUUGUAUGCGAGGUGGUCCGGAUGGGGUCCGGUGCCAACCAGAGGCAGAGCGCUCACAGAGAGACGUCAGACGACUGUCAGAGCUGUCUGGAAUGCUCGCAGGACAACGGCUGCGUUCGCUGCCCCGAGCGGCUCUUCCUGUCCCUGCAGAGGAAGGGGAUGUCCCACCACGGGACGUGUCUCCACGCCUGUCCCGCUGGACACUUUGGACAGAGAGGGAGGGACGUGAACCGCUGCAUGAAGUGCCGCUCUGCAGACUGCGAGCACUGUUUCAGCCGGGACUUCUGCACCAAGUGCAAACCGGCCUUCAACUUGUACAAAGGCAAGUGUCUGAGCCGCUGCCCCGAGGGAACCUUCGCCCACCAGGCAGACUGCCUUGAGGACUGUCCCCCGGCCUCCAUGGGAGAAUGGAGCGAGUGGAGCGUCUGCGCCCGUGAAGGCACCACCUGUGGGUUCAGAUGGGGAAAGCAGACCAGGGUCAGAGAGGGCCUCCAGCCAGAUGAAAAAGGCUCCUCACUCUGCCCGGCGCACAAUGAGACGCAAAGAUGCAGGAUGAAGAAAAAAUGUCCCACAGAAAGAAGACAGAAUAAAAACGCAGGACUUGGAAGGAAGAGAGAGAGGAAACGAAGACGCCAGCACGCCAGCAGCAACGCCGGCGUCUCGUCCAACGCCACGACAGACAGAACCGGAGGAACCGGGGAACCCUGA